UCCUCGCGGCGGGGGGGGCGGGGGGAGGCCAGAGGAAGUGCCUGGGCCUGAACUGGCACGGUGCCUGACACAAGGGCUUGUGCAUCCCCCCCGGGUCCUCAGCUUUGCCUUCUGAGCCAAUCCUUGGGAGGCAGGGACGCUUCUCUUCUUCCAGCUCUUCUGUUCUUUAACCGUCCCCACACACCCCCGCCCCCGCCUCCGGUUACCUGCGGCCCCGGGAGACCAAGAAGAACCAGUGUCUGAGCCCAGGGGUGGACCCCACGCACUGGUGGUAGAGUUCAUCUUAGUUGCUGGGAAUUGGAUGUAUUUCCCUCGUAUCCACAUAGCGGGUGGCCCUGCACUGCUGUCGUUCUGUCCUUGCAUCUUUGGAUGAAAGUUCAGGAGCCCUGGAAAGGACAAGGAAUAAGACGACAGGAGGAAGAGAGAGAGAGGGUAGAAUGGAAGAAUCUCACUUCAAUUCUAACCCGUACUUCUGGCCUUCCAUCCCCACGGUCUCAGGACAGAUUGAGAACACGAUGUUCAUCAACAAGAUGAAGGACCAGCUCUUGCCAGAGAAGGGCUGUGGGCUGGCUCCACCCCACUACCCCACCUUGCUGACAGUGCCUGCCUCGGUGUCCCUGCCCUCGGGCAUCAGCAUGGACACAGAGUCCAAGUCAGACCAGCUGACCCCACAUAGCCAGGCAUCCGUUACCCAGAAUAUCACGGUGGUCCCUGUGCCGUCGACAGGACUGAUGACCGCUGGAGUCUCCUGUUCUCAGAGGUGGAGAAGAGAAGGGAGUCAAUCAAGGGGUCCCGGCUUGGUUAUCACAUCCCCCUCAGGCUCCCUCGUGACCACAGCCUCGUCAGCUCAGACCUUCCCCAUUUCGGCUCCCAUGAUUGUCUCAGCUCUUCCCCCUGGCUCACAAGCCCUGCAGGUGGUCCCUGACCUCUCUAAGAAGGUAGCAUCGACCCUAACAGAGGAAGGAGGCGGCGGCGGUGGCGGCGGCGGCACUGUGGCCGCUAAGCCCCCCCGGGGCCGAAAGAAGAAGCGGAUGCUGGAAUCGGGGCUUCCUGAGAUGAACGACCCUUACGUCCUCUCCCCUGAGGAUGACGAUGACCAUCAGAAAGACGGCAAGACCUACAGGAGCGAAGGGAACUGCGGCACAGGAAAUGGACAGAGCCUUGGGCUCAUGGAUUCAGUUCCCGGCUCCACCACGAACUUGCUGUGUGACCCUGGGUGCCGGAUGUGCUCCCUGACGUUCUACUCGAAGUCGGAGAUGCAGAUCCACUCCAAGUCACACACUGAGACCAAGCCCCACAAGUGCCCACACUGCUCCAAGACGUUCGCCAACAGCUCCUACCUGGCCCAGCACAUCCGUAUCCACUCGGGGGCCAAGCCCUACAGUUGUAACUUCUGUGAGAAGUCCUUCCGCCAGCUCUCUCACCUCCAGCAGCACACCCGGAUCCACUCCAAGAUGCACACGGAGACCAUCAAGCCCCACAAGUGCCCGCACUGCUCCAAGACCUUCGCCAACACCUCCUACCUGGCCCAGCACCUCCGUAUCCACUCGGGGGCCAAGCCCUACAACUGUUCCUACUGCCAGAAGGCCUUCCGCCAGCUCUCCCACCUCCAGCAGCACACACGAAUCCACACCGGGGAUAGGCCGUACAAAUGUGCACACCCGGGCUGCGAGAAAGCCUUCACACAGCUCUCCAACCUGCAGUCCCACAGGCGGCAGCACAACAAAGAUAAACCCUUCAAGUGCCACAACUGUCACCGGGCGUACACGGACGCGACCUCGCUGGAGGUGCACCUGUCCACGCACACAGUGAAGCAUGCCAAGGUGUACACCUGCACCAUCUGCAGCCGGGCGUACACGUCGGAAACGUACCUGAUGAAGCACAUGCGCAAACACAACCCUCCUGAUCUCCAGCAGCAGGUGCAGGCGGCGGCGGCGGCGGCGGCAGUGGCCCAGGCCCAGGCUCAAGCGCAGGCCCAAGCGCAGGCCCAGGCCCAGGCCUCCCAGGCUUCGCAGCAGCCACAGCAGCAGCCGCCACAGCCUCCGCACUUCCAGUCCCCGGGGGCGGCCCCCCAGGGCGGGGGUGGCGGGGACAGCAACCCCAAUCCCCCGCCCCAGUGCUCCUUCGACCUGACCCCCUAUAAGACGGCAGAGCACCACAAGGACAUCUGCCUCACCGUCACCACCAGCACCAUCCAGGUAGAGCACCUGGCCAGCUCGUAGAGACCUGUGCUGCCGUCCCCCGGGGAGAGGGGAAAGAGGCUCUGGUCCCUUCUUUCUCCAGCUCCUCUUGGUGGGAAAAGUCCUCUUCUUCCUUGACAGGCCACGGCUCCAUCUCCUUGGGCCUCAGGCAUGGCCUUCUCUCACAGGAUACCAUCCUUAUUGUCUCAGCUCCUCUUCCGAAGGAACGUCAGCCCUCCUGAAUGGCAGAGGAGUACUGAGCUGGUCGCGUAAUCCAGCAGCCUCCCGCCUAAGCGUAGCUUUUAACAUUGGGGGUUGGUGCUCAGGGGAGGGGUUUGCUAUGACCUCAUAGAGACUUUUCCAGCGUGGGCACUUACUCUCUCCUCACCCUCGUAAUCCUCCAAGCUCGGGCUGACAGAGGACUAGAGGCUGGCACUCCCAGACGGCACAGAGGAGGGAGCCCUAAAUGCAAGCAGCCUCCUGUUCUGUUCUUGCCUGCGAAAGAACAGAGGUUCCUCCUGUGCCCCUGUCCCUGGGAGCCGUUUUCUUCCCCUCAUGAUCUCACUUCACUUCCUACCUGAUGCUGGAGGGAGGUCUGGGGCGGGUCAGACCCCCUUUAUUUGUAAAGGGGCAAGGGCCGAGAUGUGGUCCCCAAGGGGCCGGAGAUCCCCAAAAUGGCCGACGGUGGCUUAGAAGUGUGGGUUAUGGUUUUCCUUGGAGCCUCUCCCCUUCUCUGCCAGCCGAGGCCCUGUGCUCAGUCUCCCCGUCCCCAACCUAAGGAGCUGCGGGUUCUUUAUGAAACCCCACGAUAAGGGGGCUGCAGAGAAGGGAGAGUUCGGGGCAGAUGCAAGGACUGGACUUAGCUCCCUAGGUGCCGCGGUCAGUUGCCGGACACGGAUUUAUAUAUAAAUAUAUAUAUAUAAAUAUAUAUAUACCUACUCAUCACGGCCAUCUUUGUUGUAACCAUUUCUGUGUUUAUAAAUGCAUUAUCUCUGAGAAUUUU